AAUUGCAUUAUACGCUGCAUUUUAUGCAAUUGUAUUUGCAAUAUUAGAAAAUUAUUUCCCCAAAACAAAAUUAAAUCUUAUUUUCAGUUAUCUUUUUCGCCAACAACUCCAGUUUGGAGUCACGUAAAACUGUUGGGUCUCCUUGGUUGUAUACUAUCAUUAUCAGGAUUUAUGGUAUUAAUAUGCGCUUUCAUUGGAUUUUUCGUUGGAAUAAAUACUUUUGCUUUUAUGGUAGCGGAGGUUGUGUUAAUUUUUUUAAGAACACUGCAUACCAUCAUCAAGUAUAGUCUUCAUUUGUAUGAUAUGCGCAACGAAGGAAGCGGCGUUUCCCCAAAUGAUGCGGCGAGAGUUUGGGAAAAACGAGGACCGGUUAUUUAUUAUAUCGAAUUAAUAUUUGAAAUGGCCGCUUUAAUUGUCGAUUUUAUUCACCACGCUCAUAUGUUGUUGUGGAGUAAUAUUUUCUUGUCAAUGGCGAGUUUGGUGAUUUGUAUGCAACUGCGAUAUUUGUUCCAAGAGAUUCAAGAACGUUUUAAGAGACAUAGAAAUUAUGUUUUAGUUAAAAAUCAUCUUGAAACUAAUUAUCCAAUGGCUACACCUGAAGAGUUAUCUGAUAAUUCGGAUAAUUGUGCUAUUUGUUGGGAGAAAAUGGAUGCUGCAAGAAAAUUACCUUGUUCCCAUUUAUUUCAUAACGCUUGUUUACAAUCUUGGUUGGAGCAACAUACAUCAUGUCCUACAUGUCGUAUGACUCUAAGUAUACAUACAUCAUUAUCUAAUCGUCCAAACCCGCCGGAUUUGCAAGCGGAUGCAAUGCAACCUAUGAGGAGACAAUUAAAUUUCUUUCAUUUUGACGGAUCGAGAUAUGUUUCUUGGUUGCCAAGUUUUUCAGUGGAAGUGAGUCGAUCUUUAAGACCAGAUGGAAUUGUCGCUAAUUCGCAAUUAGACCAAAAUGCAAGACGGGUUCAACAAUUAUUUCCUCAUAUUCCCAUCCCGACUAUCAUUGAGGAUUUACGCGUCACAAGAUCAGUUGAAUUAACAGUUGAAAAUAUAAUCGAUGAAAGACUCGUUGUGCCACCGCGAUUACGAGAAGAACAAAUGGAAGAAAACAAUUCAAACAGUUUAUUAGAGAGUUUAUCACAAACGAGUACAACCUCGAAAGGAUGGGAAGAUUUAUCAGAAAAUAUAGAAACGGAGGAUUCUGCGAGUUUGGCGGGUCGCUUUUCAAAGUCGCCUGAAGAAAGAGAACGAAUAUUAAAUAAGCGAAAAGAACAGAUGCGUCAACUGGCCAGGAAGCGUUACAUUGAGAAGCAAAGGUCCAGAUCUCAGAGUUGAAGUGAUUUUUUUAUUGAUGGAGCGAAAAUGUGGGUGUCGAAUAAAAAAAUGCCAAAAUUCCUACUUUAACGUGAUAAAAAUAAUAGUUUGUAAAUUAA